AGACGGCAUACCAUAAACACACUCACAAAUAAAAUGUAGCUCAAGCUUGCUAAAUGAUUAUCAUCAUUGCCCAGAAGAAGAAAGGUUAUGGUGAUGCCAGCUUGUCACUAACGAACUUCUGACGCCAAUUCAAUCAAUGAUUAGCAUCUCAUAACUAGCUCAGGACCAACAUCAUCAAGGUCCAUAAUAAACUAAUGCUCAGAAAAGGAGGCCAAUAUAUGAAACAAAAGGAUAAUCAUAAUUAGCAAAAAGUAAGUAAUAAAACCAUGGGACAAACUAUUUUGCACCGUGCAGCUUUCGUCAGUUUGGACUAAAAACUUCCUAAAAUGGAGAAUUUCAAAAUAAGGAAAAAAAAUCCCAUCGCAGUCCUCUCUGUCUAGAAGCCACCACGACUGACUGAGAUAAGAAUCAUCAUAAAAUAAAAAAUAACCCAUUCGCAUGUUAGACCAAGAAACUGAAGCAUGAGUUCAAAUUGGACUCUAUGAAAGGGCCUUCGCAGCAAGUGGGAAAUUAAUUAGGACCACAUGCAUACAUACAUGAUGAAAAUAGCAAGCAUAAAUGGAAGCAGUACCUUCGGUCAUACAACUCGCUGAACACCAAGAAAAAUGGACACAUUCCUCUUCCUUGCCAUUCUUCCAUUGCUCACUGCUCUGCCAUGCUCAUAUGCUCAGUCGAUGCUAAGCACUGGCUCAUCCUUAUCUGUAGAAGAGCAUAGGCAGACCUUCCUUACCUCACCAAAUGAUGAUUUUUCUUGCGGCUUCUAUGAAGUUGGAGAGAAUGCAUUCUCCUUCUCUAUCUGGUUCACCACCACCAUGGAAAAGACUGUUGUAUGGUCUGCAAACCCCAGGUCCUUGGUGAAUGGCCAUGGUUCCAUGGUGUCUCUGAACCAUAAUGGAAACUUGGUCCUCACUGAUGUCAAUGGCACCGUGACUUGGGAGAGCAAGACAAGCUCUGGUGAGGGCACGGUGGUUUCCCUUCUUGACACCGGCAACCUCAUAAUCAAAGACUACACUGGUGCAAAUUUGUGGGAAAGCUUCUCUUCACCGACAGAUACAUUGCUGCCUUUACAGACUCUCAAAAAAGACUACACAGUGUUUCAAAAUGGGCGGACUAGCUACAACAGCUCUAGGAUUGCAGUCCUCGACACUGAAGGAUUUUUCCUCUCAAGUGAUGGGCUGAAUGUUAAGGCUUCUGAUUGGGGUAAUGGAGUCAAGCGAAGGCUUACAAUUGGGUCUGAUGGAAACCUCAGAAUGUACAGUCUGAAUGUGUCAAAUGGGAGUUGGAUAGUAUCAUGGCAGGCUAUAGCAAAAUUGUGCGAUGUGCAUGGGCUAUGUGGACAAAAUGGGAUAUGUGAGUUCUUGCCAAGUUUCAGGUGUUCAUGUCCCCCAGGAUAUGAGAUGACCGAUCCGGAAAACUGGAACAGAGGUUGCAAGCCGCAAUUCAGCAAAGGCUGCAGCAAAGCAGAAGAGUUUGACUUCAUCAAGCUCCCUCAAACCGACUUUUAUGGCUUUGAUCUGACCAAUAAUGUGUCCGUCUCACUUGAAGAAUGUAAAAAGACAUGCUUGGACAUUUGCUCCUGCUCAGCUCUCACGUACAAGGCAGGAUCUGGACUUUGCUACACCAAAGCUGUACUCUUCAAUGGUUACAGCUCCACAAAUUUUCCUGGCGACAACUAUAUCAAACUGCCCAAGAAUAUGAGCAUCUCCAGACAGUCUCGUAUCACAUGCAAUCCGGAUAUUCGAGUGGUUGUACAAGGAUCUGCAAGUAUGUAUGGAAUGAAUGAUGUCAACAAGAGUUAUACAAUUUAUUAUGUGUUCGCAGCAAUACUGGGAGCCCUAGUCUUGCUCUUUAUCGGUACAAGCUGGCCGUUUCUUUACAGCAAGCAAAAUAUACCUAAGUCAAUGGAAGAAGGUUAUAGGACUGUGAUGAGCCAGUUCAGGAUGUUCAUCUACAGGGAAUUACGGGAAGCAACUGGAAAGUUCAAGGAAGAGAUUGGAAGAGGGGGUUCGGGAAUUGUUUAUAGAGGGGUACUUGAAGAUAAGAGAGUGGUGGCAGUGAAGAAACUAACUAGCGUUUCACAUAGUGAGGAGGAAUUCUGGGCAGAAAUGAAUAUAAUCGGAAGGAUCAACCAUAUGAAUUUAGCAAGGAUGUGGGGGUUUUGCUCUGAGGGUCAACACAAACUGCUGGUGUACGAGUAUGUAGAGAGUGAAUCACUUGACAAGUUUAUAUUUGGUAAUGUAAGUGCUGAGAGAUUACUUGCAUGGAGCCAACGAUUCAAAAUAGCACUAGGAACAGCAAGAGGCUUGGCGUACCUCCAUCAUGAGUGCCUUGAAUGGGUAAUCCAUUGUGAUAUAAAGCCAGAGAACAUACUCCUGACCCGAGACUUCGAAGCAAAGAUAGCAGACUUCGGACUAGCCAAACUCUCAAAGAGAGACAGUUCCAGUUUCAAUCUCACCCACAUGAGAGGAACAAUGGGCUACAUGGCGCCAGAGUGGGCGCUGAAUUUGCCGAUCGACGCAAAGGUUGAUGUAUACAGUUAUGGCGUUGUACUUCUCGAGAUUGUGACUGGAAAUAGGAUCUCAAGUGGGAUUACAGUGGAUGGGAAAGAGGUGGAGUUUAGACAGUUUGUGCAUGCAGUUAAAGAAUUGCUGGAGAGUGGAGAUGUCAAGGUUAUAGCCGAUGCUAGACUGAAUGGCCAUUUCAAUCCUGAGCAAGUGGCGGUAAUGGUGAAAUUGGCUUUAUCUUGUCUCGAAGAAAGAAACAGCAGACCUACAAUGAAUGAAAUUGUAAAAGCUCUACUGGCAUGUGAUGACGAAGACAAUCACCCAGCCUACUCAUGGUGACCGGCAAUAAACAACAGUGUAUCAAUUGCAAUAAGAAGAAUUGGUCUAGUAUAUUGCUUGAUAUUUGAAAGUAGAGGAAAAUGUCAGGUUGUGUGUUGCAUAAAUCUUUCUGUAGAUGGAACAGUAGCUGCACUGUAUUGAAUGUUGUCUACAUGAAUUCUUGCAUGAAACAUAGUGGGCUUAUUUGUAUAGUUUUUCCUUACAGAGAAAAAAGAAAAGAAAAGAAGAUUUUAGUCUGCAUAA